UUAGAACGAUUUAAUAUGGUCAAUUCACCGGUUUCGAGUGCUAACACCCGCCUAGAAAUAACUUUACAUUCGUUGCGGAACUUAAAACACAGGGUAAAUGCGGAAGAUCGGACACGUUUAUCUGCCGCACGUAACACCGGACACAGCGCAGCGUUUGAAAUGGCUGUUACUCUCCAUACCGACGUGGGAGAUGUUAAAAUCGAAUUGUUCUGUGAGCGCACACCAAAAACGUGCGAGAACUUUCUUGCCCUGUGUGCCAGUGAGUUCUACAGCGGUUGCCUGUUCCACAGAAAUAUCAAAGGUUUCAUGGUUCAAACAGGAGAUCCAACAGGUACGGGCAAAGGAGGAACGAGUAUAUGGGGUCGCAGUUUCGACGACGAAUUCAGCGAGCACUUAAAACACAAUGUGAGAGGAGUGGUCUCAAUGGCCAACAACGGUCCCAACACCAACGGCUCGCAGUUUUUUUUCACGUACGCCAAACAGCCACAUCUGGACAUGAAAUACACCGUGUUUGGAAAGAUUAUUGAUGGUCUAGAAACGCUGGAUGAACUGGAGAAACUACCCGUCAAUGAGAAGACAUUUCGACCACUGUCUGAAACCCGGAUAAAAGAUGUCACCAUUCACGCUAACCCUUUUGCGGGGUAGCCUCUCUGUACCUAUAUGUGGCACGGAGAAAAAAAAGUGUUGUUGUCGUUAAUCGAAAAGAAAGACAGAAGGUGUCUAUUAAUGAACCGUGUUGUUUUUGGUAUAACAUUGAAAAUAAAUGUGUUUAGUUUAUAAAAAAAAUGUUGUUGUUGUUGUAUAAAUGCCCCAUAACAACUGAAA